GAUCAACAGCGAUUCCUCGCACCAUUCAGCGUCGACGCUAGACGCAUCAUUCCGCACCACGCCUUUGCAUCACAAGAGCAUAGUCGACUUUUCCACUCGAACGCGCUAUCAACCCGUUGCAUCUAGCCGGUUGACCUCUCCCUUGCUCAACACCUCUUUUUACGGCCAUAACACGUUGCCAUAAUCUUUUCCCCCUCGAUCACCCCCUAUUCUCGUUCUCGCCACUAUGCCUUCCGUCUUGGAUACGCCCUCUCCGCCGCGGGUCAAACAUAGCUACGGCCCAUCUAGAUACGAAAAGGAGGUCGAGAACGGGGGACCACAAGAAGACAGAGGAGGAGGCGUCAAGUCGAUCGGGGAAUGGAGAUUGGGAAGAACGGUCGGUAAAGGGGCGAGCGGCCAAGUCAAGAUCGCCAAAUCCAUGCGAACCGGUGAAUACGCCGCCGUCAAGAUCGUCCCGCGUCACAUAAUGGUCGCUUCCGCUCAGCGCUACGAUCAGCAAGACGCCAAACAACGCCGCAAGUUGCGCGAGCGGGAAGAGAGACAGCAGUUGACGUUGGAGAGGGAGAUCGUCAUCAUGAAGCUCAUUGAUCAUCCGAACGUGAUCAGCUUGUUGGAUGUGCACGAGAAGGACGGCUUGAUCUACCUCGUCCUCGAAUAUGUCCAAGGCGGAGAACUCUUCGAAUUCCUAGUGUCUUCCCGCCGUUUUGAUGCCAACGAGGCGUCCAAAUACUUUCAGCAAAUUAUCCGGGGUCUCGACUAUUGCCACCACUUUAGCAUCUGUCACCGAGACCUCAAGCCCGAGAACAUCAUGUUGACCGCCCAUAAGAACAUCAAGAUCGCCGAUUUCGGGAUGGCCGCUUGGCAAGGGAGCAACCAGUUGCUCGAGACUUCCUGCGGUAGCCCUCACUAUGCGAGCCCGGAGAUCGUCAGGGGACUAUCUUACCACGGAGCCGCCUCGGAUAUCUGGUCGUGCGGUGUCAUCCUUUACGCCAUGUUGGCAGGAACCCUGCCGUUUGAUGACAAGGACAUGAAAGGCUUGCUUGAAAAGGUCGGAAACGGAGUAUACGAAAAGAUCCCCAGGGACAUUCCUAGGGACGCGCGCGACUUGAUCGAGAGGAUGUUGGUGGUGGACCCUUACAAGCGUAUCACCAUGCGAGAGAUCAUGUCUCAUCCCUUCUUCUUUCGACACGAUCCGUCCCAGGACGAUCACCCAGUCCCGAUCGUCGAUCCACCCAGACUCGAGGUCCUCUCCCGAUCGCUCAAAUCGCUCAGUCUCAUCGACCCAGAGAUCCUGGAGAGUCUUUGUUCCCUGUGGAGGGGGACGGAAAGGGAAAGGAUCGUGACGGCUCUGCUUGGAAACGCGUGAGCCGGUCCCGGGAUCCGUUAUCGUCUUUAUCGGCCAUUUUGCUUAUCGCUAUGUUUGGCUUUGCAGGCAAUGUUA